AUGCCGUCAAAUGAUCCGACGCUACCGCCAAUUGAGGGGAGUCAUAAUGCUGAAAUAUGGUGGAAAUUCCAAGAUUCCUCACUGAAUCAGAAACGGCUGAAAAAUGCAAAUGUGGAACUGUUGCUGAAUCACGACAGUAGGACUAGGACCAAUUCACGCGAACGAAAAUCAACAACACGCUCCAAAUACGAAAAUAAAAAUGUUGCCACUUUACACAGGAAGAACACUCUACGUCGUGUCAUAAGUCGUGAAUCCAUUCAUAGGCGUUCGCGAACUUUUAGCUCCAAAAGACGUUCCAGCGGAUUUCACGUACCUGGCCCCGACUUGGCAAACCCCGAAGACAGACUACAAGAAUGCAUUGAGAUGAUCGACUUCGGCAAAGGUGAAAAGCGAAUCAAAGCGAACCAGCCGGGAAAGCCUUUACGAGGCGUAAAGCGAUGGCUCUGGAGAAUCUGGCAGAGAAUAAUGGGCAAAGAUGGAGAUCGGGACUACCCGAGUCUCAGGUGGCCAUUCAGCAGAAAGGUUCGGCGCAAAAAUGCGGGAAUUGAGAAUCGGAGAAGCAGCCCAAAGAGCCAGAAGACAGCCAACAAUACCAGCAAUAAACAAGGUGAUGUUGCGUUGGUUCCAUAUGUUCCACGUCCGUUUUCAGAGCGACGACAACGAUCAACGACUACUAUACCAGAUCUGGUUUAUAAGCCAAAUUCAAAGCCAGUGCGAAGCCGACGAGCCCCUAAAAUUCUACCAACUCGAAGUCUACCUGGUAAAGACAAAACGGGAGCAGAUUGUGACCCUUUUUCAUGGCGGAUCUUCUACGAAGACCCGAAUGUUCGACUUGAACGUGCAGCAAAAACAAAAAAGUUGGAAGAUUGGAGGUCAGAAAGUGACCGCUACCUAGCAUCAAAAGGUCGGUCCCAAGUGAACGACGAGUGCAUCGGUAGAGCGCCACCGAUUCCAAAAAGAGUUCUACUCAAACAUCGUAUAGCUAUCUCCAAUUACGAACCACGCGUCACAAAAACAUCAAAAGCAGUAGCCGAAAAAGGAAAGAAUGUUCGCGAUAAUCUCUCUGAAACGGAUCCGCUCUGGUCCAGCCAUGAAGGUGACGAUCAAGCGACCCAGAUCUCAAGCGGUGAGGUCAAUCAUAACAAAACUAAGCAGUCUAUGCUAUUCCGUUCAAAACACCGUCUGCACUCUGUUAGGCCACAUUCACUUCCAGAGAUCCAAUCGAAGCCGACAGAAAGCAUAAUUGUGCCGCUUCCUUCUAUUUACGGAACAAGCUUUAGCCUUCCUACGGAUCUCACCCCAAGAGACGAUGAAGGUAUAGAUGUCGGCGAAGUAAUGAUUCAACUGCACAAGAAGCUGGCUCUCACUGCAACAGCAAGAAGUGCAGAAGACGAAUGCCACAAUGCAGCUGCAGACCUAGCAGGCAAAUUGGAAAGCCAGUUGCUACAGUAUCGACAAACGUGUGAAAGUGCAUUACUCAGGGCCGAGGAAGAAAGAACCAAUAUCGACAACUCUCCAGACACAGAAGCGUUUCCGCAGUUCACAGGCGAUGACAACACCAAUAAAGGAAGCCUCGAUAAGGAUGAUCCCAUAGACAAGAAAAUAUUCUCAUCAGCCGCCAAUUCACGAAAGCCAUCAACCUGCACGACUCGCAGUCUAGACACAGCUGGCUCCGACUCGGGCCUAGAAGUUUGCUCGAAUCUAUCAAAGUGCCACAGCCAAUCGCGGAAAAAUUCUUUGAAGGCUCGAUUUCCAGUUAUACCCAGCCCCACGAUCCCUUCGCCAUCAAUGCCAAGUACACCAUCUGAGGUUCAAGAAAGCUUCCCAUGGGCGACUAGAACACGCUCAACUACAGUAAGAAGUGGCUCCAGUAGUCACUCAACGGAGCCAUGGCCCAGGACACGCUCAACUACAGUAAUGAGUGCUUCUAGUAAUCGUUCGACGGAAACCGUCUCGCCUAGUAAUUUCCACAGGCCUUUGAUCCGCAACUUUUCCAUUGGCAGGAGAAUGCCAGAGAAGAGCUCAGGAUCCGAGGCAGUGGAGAUUUACUUCAGGUUGCAUCAGAGAGUCGUGAGCGGUGGAAUGCGUCAUUCAUCCCCUUUGAUGGAAAGUCCAAGUCAGAUAGCUCUGAACAGGCGUCGUGAGAGAAAGGGCCUCAAGCCUGAGACAAACGAUGAAUCCUCUCAUCUCACUGGUGACUUAAGUGCUGGUCAAAUUAGUGAAGAGCUGGAAGAUGUUGACCCCAUACGUCGGCAAGGGCUCGCAAACGUGGAAAGCUUGGAAGUAGGAGGAGACCAAUGCAAACUGGGCAAACUGGGCAAACUAGAGACUCCAUCAAGGAUACAGCAAGCCGGUGCUCGUGACAAAGUCUAUAUAGACCCCAGCUGGAAAGAUGCCGUUGAAAAGGCAGUAGAGGUACCUCUUGUUGAGCAUGGCGAAGCUCCAAGUGAACCAAGUAAUAAACUUUUGGCCAAUCAAUUGGCUGCUUCACCGGCUGUCUUGGCUGCAACUGCUGCAAGGGCCGAAGAACGAAGCCGCGUGCACGAGCCAUCUAAAUCUCGACGAUUGUCAGAUGUCUCGGACCAGAGCAUCAAGACAGAAAACAACAGUGACCAGUCGACCUUUGUAACACAAGUAGAUACUGACUCGAACACCAAGAAGUUUCUUCCACGACCAUAUUUAUUAGGUGCCUCUGCACCUGUAGACAGCCACUCACUUUGUACAUGGCCUGAGGAGGACGAUUACCGGCAACAACAGCAGUACACAACACCGCCGAGGAGAGCUUUCUCGAAUCCUCCACGUCAAGCACAAUUUACACCGUCAAAGAGAUUCAACACUACUACUGUAAGCCCUACAGGAUCGUUUGAGAACGUUUCGUCUCACUCACUUUUAAGAUCGACAAGCACUCCCUCCUCUGCUUCUCGGGGCAUUACUAGCGCGCGUGGUCCAUCUGAUGGGAAUCAAAUCUCCCAGAAUUCUCACCAAGUUGCGCCACUCACGGUAGACCCUGCUCGAGUUUUCUUAAGCACUGUUCUAUCUUCGGGCGUGCCUCUGACUCCUGAAUUGAAAUCUGCAGUUGAGGCUGAAGUCAAAACUGAGAAAAAAGCCGAUCUCCUAGCCCCUGUUCUGCCUCCGGUGCAACCCCUAAUCCCUGAACUGAAAGUCGACGUCGAGGCUGAAGAACCACCUGGUAGACAAGUCGAGUUCUUAAGUACUGUUCUGGAAUCGGGACAGCCUCUUAUCCCCGAGCUGAGAAUCGCACUCGAGGCUGAAACCAAACCUAGAAGACAAAACGUCAGAUUUAACUUACCUCCUAAGCAAAUGGAGGGACGACUACAGGUCAGGCAGCCAGAAAUGAGCUUGCACAAAGCGAAAGCCGUUGAAGAUGCGAGACAGGCCCAAGCAGCGGUGAAUGAGAUGUGUCGAUUAGCCGGCAGACCCCCUCCUAUUUGGGCCUUGUGCGAGUUGAUUGGCAAGGGUACUUACGGGAGGGUGUAUAUGGGCAAAAAUAUGUCUACUGCAGAAGUAGUUGCUAUCAAGACCAUCGACAUUGAUGAAUCAGAUCAAAUUAAUCCACGGCAUGCGGACUCCUUCACGGACUGGGUGAAAGAGGUUAACGCACUGAAGAGUCUUAAAGAGAUUAAUGCAAAGAAUGUCAAUCAUGUCAUUGCAGCAGAACCUGUCGGAACGGUAAUGUGGCUGGUAACUGAACACUGCGCUGGAGGUAGUGUUCAGACACUUAUGAAACCAACAGCUCCAGGUGGGCUGUUAGAGAAAUGGAUUAUCCCAAUCCUGAGAGAAGCUGCCGAAGGCAUCAAAUGGGUGCACCAGGCAGGCCUUAUCCAUAGAGAUAUCAAAUGUGCAAACGUCCUCAUCCAGGAAGAUGGUGGCGUUCAACUCUGCGACUUCGGAGUUGCGGGUGUCAUAGAGGACAGGUUCGAUAAGAGGUCGACCAUUGUCGGAACCCCCCAUUGGAUGGCUCCAGAGCUUCUUAAAUCCACUUCGGCCUACGGUAAAGAAGUAGACAUCUGGGCUUUUGGAGCUAUGGCUUUUGAACUUGCCACAGGCUUGCCGCCAAGUGUUGCAAAGGGCCAUUUUCAUUUCGAGGACGUCGCUGAGUAUCUGGCGCACAAUGUACCUCGCUUAGAAGGCGGAAACUUCUCUGAUGGAUUGAGAAAUAUUGUGGCAUACCUGCUCGAAGAGCUUCCCGAACAGCGACCUAAAAUCGAGCAAGUUCAACAGCAUUCAUACAUCGCCAACACGGAGCGCCAAUAUCCGACGAGCAGCCUGUCGCAAUUAGUAGUUGCAUUCAAGCAAUGGGUUGAUCAUGGAGGAACUCGAAAGUCUCUCUUUCAACCUGGAGGAGCUCAGCGGAAAGAAGUCGAUCUCACGUCUGACCCUGCGGGCAUUGGCAACGAAGACUGGAAUUUCAGCACUACGCAGGCCUUCGACAAUCGAGUUUCUAAACAUAUCGAUCCACGAGAUGUAUUUGAGGCAUAUGGGGAAAAUGUUGUCGAGUUUGAUACCGCUCGACCAAAGGUGUCUCGACGACGUCCUCCGCCGCAAGCUCUUGCAGCACUACCAAAUCCCCUUGUCAAAGUCUUCGACCCCAACACAGUUUCAAAUUACUAUCCAAAUAGUAAAACUUAUUAUGGGGUUGCGCCUGAACAGUACUUAUCACAAGGGCCUCCUACAUCGGAUCUGCCGUUACGCGACGAUUCUGCUCGUAUGCAGAUCAAAGACACUAUGAUCGAUCUCGGAGGGCAUGAUAUGGACACUGGUCUCUCGAGUUUUCCUGACAUGGACACUCUCAAAGCCGGAAACCCUCGGAUUGUUGAAGAUGAUACCUACCUGACGAAUAAUCAAGAUUUCCAUAGGCCACCACUGAGUGACCCCGCCGAUAUAAACCCAAAUCGUCGCACACAAGACUGGAAAUUUCCGUCAUUCGCACCACCGGCUUCAGCGGAUCCAGAAAUAUCGAGAUUUCCUCCUAGUAGCUACGAGCUUCCCCGCCCUGGCAUCACACCCGGCGUUGGAGGUAGGCCAGCUCUCAUACAUCAUCCAACUGAGCCUCUCGGAGGAGCUUUUGGCGGCGGACUCUCAUCGAACGGGCCGUCUAUGGAUCGCCGCUCAAUGGCAGAGUCCCUCAUUGACUUAGAUAUGAGUAUGCCGGACUCGUACCCUGAGAUCGUUAGGCCCUCUACUGCGAACUCCGAAGCAGGCUCUGCAACUUCUGAGCAAAUGCCCUCAGGCAAUCCCUUUGAGUUCGAACGACAUGUCUCCUACCAGGCUCCAAGCAAUGAAUAUGAGCCAACACUCUAUGUUGAAGACACUAGAAUUGACCUUGGCGGCUCUAGGUCAUCCCUAAUAGAUCUGGAUGAUGCAAGGGUAUCGCGAAUAAAUCUCGAUGAUGCUAUUGUGUCACGAAUCGAUGACGACCCGAGACCACCUCGUUUUGACUAUGAGAAGGCAAGAGAGUCUCGCAUCGACCUUGAUGAAGCUAGCAUUCCACGUAUUGAUAUGGAUGCGGCGAUGACACCACCUCGGGAUAUCAACGAUAUCUCUGAUUUCUCUGAAGUGGAGUCAGGUCCCAAUGGUCCUGGCUCGGAUCCUAAUGAGGCAUCCCGAUACGAUUCUCAUGGAUUUUCGGACUCGGAUUACAUCUCUAUGCCUCCAUCAAAGGGUUUAAAUUUGAACACCAUCUUCACGAUGUCUCACUUUCCUGUCCUUCCGAAUCCACCAUCGGCGGCAGCACUCGCAGGCACAGCAUCGCGAGAGGAGAUGAGUGACGAGCUUUCAAGAUCACUUGGAAGCAUGACAGCACAACUCGAGGCCUUCAGAGACGUAUACGAGUCACCCGCGGUGACUCGAUCUCACAGCCGUCGAAAAUAG